AUAGAGGGAAUCCUUUACCUUUCAUCAUCAUACUGAAACAGCAGUGAUUGUGUUUCACUUCCAUGUGUGUGCUCUUCAAUAAACCCACGCCCUUUCCCCUCCCAUCUCUUCCCGUGACACUUUAACCUCUCUUUUAUUUUAUAUAUAUAAACACUUCCAAUCCAAAUUAUGGCAUUCAACCAAACGCCCAAGUCCCAUCCUAUCCCAUCCAUCAAUCCCCCUCCUAAUUACACUCAUUAAACACAUCUUACCCGCUUUAAUUUCUUUGUCUCCUUCUGUUGCAGACGAGUUGUUCGAUAAAAUGCCAAGUACGGAAUCGUUUCUGAGGCAGAUAAGUAGUAGAAGGGGGGAGGGAUCUUCUAGAUCAACUUCCAGGAGGUGGGGUGGGGAGUUUAGGAGAACUGAAGGUGAAGAGCGUGUCAGUGAAGGGAGUUUCUGGCAUCAGAAGAUGGAGGCCGGUGGUGUCAACAGUAUGCAUGGGAUUGAUAAUGGUGGGAUGUCAAGAAGGAAGAGGGUGAUGGUUGUGGUGGAUCAUACUUCACAAUCUAACCAUGCAACCAUGUGGGCUCUCACUCAUCUCGCUAACAAGGGGGAUGUUCUUACUCUUCUUCAUGUCAUUACAAACUCCUCUACCGACUCUUCUUCUGCUGCAGACUCUGCUUCCUCUUUUUGUGCUAGCUCUCUUGGUUCUCUCUGUAAGGCUUCUAGACCUGAGGUCGAGGUGGAAGUGCUGGUAAUUGAGGGGCCGAAGCUAGCCACAGUGAUGAACCAAGUCAAGAAACUAGAGGUGUCGGUGCUGGUUGUGGGACAGAGAAGGCCAUCCUUAUUCAGCUGCUUUUGUGGGAGUGGUGGGGCGGGCGAUUUGGUGGAACAGUGCAUAAACAAUGCAGAGUGUUUGACGAUUGGUGUAAGGAAGCAGAGUAGAGACAUGGGUGGGUAUGUAAUCAACACUAGAUGGCAGAAAAAUUUCUGGCUCCUUGCUUAAGUUUUUAGAAGAGUUAGAGGCUGACCCUCUUUGGAAGUAAGUUAUAAUGUAAUCUAAUGAAUAUAACCUAAGACUACUGCAAUCUGUAAAACCAUCUACUAACAAGUUUAUCAUCAUCCUAUGCCGUAACCAUAUGAAAUUGAACUUUCUAGUCUAACAAUCUAUAAGAAUCAAGAAUAAGAGUUUUUCAAUUGUGUGAA